AUCUUUUCAACUUUUGAGUUUAAUCCAUUUAGUUGAAAUGAAUAGCUUUUUCCAAAUUUUACGAACUUAGUUUUUUUAAGCCCGAUAGUGCGUUUCAUUUGUGUGAGCAAUUCUAAACUAAUAUUUAUUUAUUACUGUUGUUGUUGAUGUUUGUUCUUGCAGAUAGUGCCAGUAACCUCUCUCGUGCAUUAAAUUAUUAUGAACUUUUGUUGAAAUAUUUAAAUAAUAACGUUGGUCCCAAUGCUCCAAAAAUUUGACAUCCAUGAAUUAUUAGGAGUUAAUAAGUUUUUAUCAUGACAUAAUUAAUCAUUGUUUGCUAUAUAAUGUUAAGAUCUUUACCCUAAUUCGAUAAUUUUUUCUUAGUAUUGUUUUUGUUUUAUAUUUUAAUACCAAAAGUAUUGUUUAUAUUGCUGCACCUAUUUUUCUUUACAAAAUGAGUGAGUUAUCGUUAUUAAAAUUUAUUUGUAAGGAUUCAAUGUGCAGGAACGUGAUUCCUGUAGGUCCGUCAGAAAUUAGUGUUGUAUGUUGGGAAUGUGGCAUAAAAUAUGAUCAGAAUUUUUUACAAGAUGCUGUACCUGUCUAUAAUUAUGACGAAAUAAAGAUGACAUUUUUUCGAAGAUGUAUUGCUCAUUUUUUACCAAAGAGAGGAGCAGACCUAGUUAAAGUAAAUGGCCUCUCGAAUUAUUAUUGUAAGUUAUUGUCUCCUUUCUUAACAAAUUAUGGGAUGGACCAAGCCACAGGUCAAGUUAAACUUCUGAUUGAAAUGAACAAAGGUGAUAUAUUGGAUUGUAGCAUAUUCAAAGAUCGUGCGUUUCUGAUACAUCCUGAUCAACUAUCAAUCACAGGAUUUGGUCGCGAUAUUUCUGGAAGUAUGAACUACCUAUCUGCAACUCUGAAUAUUAUUAAAGAAUCAAAUGAUGGGGAAGAGCGUUUAGUACCAAUAUAUACAGAUGGGGAUGGUCACUGUCUUGUUCAUGCAAUAUCCAGGGCACUGCUAGGAAGGGAACUAUUCUGGCAUCCAUUAAGAUGUUGUUUAAAGAAGCAUUUCGAAAAUAAUUUGAAUAAUUACCAGGAACUAUUUAAAGAUUUUGUAGAACCAGAAGAUUGGCGAGCAAUCAUUGAAGAAAGUGAUCCAGAGUUCAAACCACCCGAGGGAGAGCUGCAUGGAUUGCGAAAUGUCCAUAUCUUUGGACUGGCUAAUGUUUUAAAAAGGCCAAUCAUCCUUUUAGACUCAUUGGAGUGCAUGAAAAAGUGUGGUGAUUACUCAGCUCUUUUCCUGCCUGGAUUUAUUCCACCUGAAGAUUGUAGGGGUAAAGAUAAUACCUUAAACAAGCCAAUCUGUAUUGCUUGGAGCAGCUUUAGUCACAAUCAUUAUAUUCCUCUAGUUGGAGUUCAGAAAAGACCCCUUCCUGUACUGCCUCGAUCUCUGAUACCAAAAGUAUGGGGAAUGCCCCAAACUGAAUUUGAAAAUUAUAUAGAGUUAGAUAACAAAGGGAAUUGCGUAAUUGCUGGUGAUAGAAUUUUAUCCGAAAAUUACAUUCAACGUUUAGUUAAAGCUAUGGAAACACUCUUUUUGGAAAAGAAAGGGGUUCAUCCCUUGUUAGUUGCUGAUGCUAAGUUAUAUAUUUGCUCUGAACCUGCAUAUUUAAAUGUCAAAGUUGAAACCAUGAUAGAACACACCAAGAUUGCUGCAGAAAGAGGCUACUUAUAUCAAUGUCUGUAUUGUAAAGCAAUGUGUAAAUUUCAGCCUACUCCUUCUCUAUUUUGUUCUGGAAGUGUAAUUCAUAGUUUACUUUUCGAAACAUAUACAAAUUUUGAUGCUGAUACUUCCUAUAAAGUACCUGGUACUGAUCACAGUUGUAAAUAUGACCCAGUGAAAAAUGAAUUUUAUCCAGAUGUUACUGUGAUGAGCUUGCCUAAAUGUACAGUGUGUAAUAGUUCAAAUGUUCAAAGGCUUAAACCUAAUGAUACAAUAGUUGGAUUGCCGGGAGAUCAAAGUUACACCAACACUAGUUCAUCAGUAUCUAGUCAGGAAAAUAAAUCACUCGUGGAUAAAAUAUUGAAAUCACAAACUGUUUCUAGUCAAGAAAAUAGAUUGUUUUUAAAUACAAUGCUGAAUUCAGGAACUAAUCCAGACAGUAAAUUGCUAAAAAGAGAGCCGAAAAAUGACUCUGCAGCCAAUAAAUAUUCCGAAUUGUUGGUCUUAGAUCUCGAAUGGAAAGGAAAAACUGCUCAGUAUUCAAUAUCUCCAUCAAACUUCAAAGAGCUUGGCAGUUCAAUACAAGAUUGUAUAUCAAUUUUGGCAAAAAAUAUUGCUGCUCAAUAUUUUCCAAGUGAAUCUCAAAAUGUUGAAUUUGAUAUGUAUGUUAGUGAUAUGAUCUACAAUCAAGUUAGUAAAUUACCAGCUGAUGCAUUGAAAUCACCAGUAACUUCGGAAAAAAAUGAGAAAGAGAUUAUGGCCGAAGAGUCCUCAUCUGGGUAUGUCGAUACAGUUGUUUCUGAACCGCAAUUUGUAAAAGUUGUGACCUCAAAAGGACAGCAAGGAAAUCUUACUUUACACAAAGAUGGAAUUUCAUAUUUCCAAUUGCAAGAAUGGAUAGUUACGGAAUUUAAGAUUCCUGCAAAAAAUCAAAAAAUAAAAUGGGGCUUCCCACCAAAAGAACUUGAACUUCCUAAUGACGUUUAUACGCAAAACCUACCACUGAAGCAUGGAGAUCGGUUGAUAGUAGAAAAUGUCAGUCUUAGUGUUUCAGAAAAGAAAAAUUAUUUGAAUUCUGCACCUCAUAAUAGCACAUUUGACUAUCAAAAUCUCGCCGAUUCUACACAAAAGUUUUCAUCUGACAUAAUGUGGAGAGUUUAUGUACACGAACCUGAUUUAUUCAAAAAAGGAGGUUCCAUGUUUAAGACAGCAGCUGAUAAACAUAUUUUAUGUGAUAAAGACCACAUCACCCUACCUUGCUUUCCUACUAAAAGGUUUUGUUACAAUGCUUCUACUGAAAGUCUAGAACUUUGUGUGAAAGCCUUAGGACACUUUCAAAUAUGUGGUGAUAUUGAUGACAGAAUUGAGUGUGUCCGGAGAGGACAGUUUGUUCCAGGUUUCAAAAGAUGUCCUCAAAUGGGUGGACCAUCUAAAGAAACUGUCGUGGCCCGGCCAUUCCGUAAACCUAUUACCUCUUCACCAGAAGAAGAUCGACCGUAUUUUCGAAAAGGACCUGGAUUUUCUGUGCUUUCAAAACCAUCUGAGAAAAUGGAUUUCUCUUAAUAUUUAUUAUUAUUAUUAGUAUUUAGAGUCACCUGCAAAAUAUAAUGUGUAUAAACAUCAUAUGUAUAUAGGGAGUAAUUUUCUUUGAUUUAUUUUUGUUAUUUGUGGAUAAAUUUGUACAAAUAAAAUAUUUUUGUCAGAAGAA